GCAAGUAUAACAUAACCUAAUUCACGGUGUGAUCAAAAGUGUCGUAUGUGUCUCCUGUGCUAUUUACGCGUUAAGAACGUCUGGAAAAUCAUAAAAAAAAAACCGUCGCGUGCGGAUUAAUCUUGUUAGAUAAGCGCCCGAUUAACAAUUUAAAUGUGAAAUUAAUUGUAGCAAGGUUUCGGGGGCUGCAGGAAAAUCUUGAUACAUUCUUAUUAUUUUUCUUCGUUUUAAAAAUGAUGAUGUCCACAAUGUUCGACUUGGAACUUCACGAGGAGGUCGAAGUCGACGAUUCUGACGACGAUGUUAUUGAAGUUGAAGAGGGUGGUUAUGAUCAACACCCAAACAUCAAUAGAAUCGAUGAAUCUGAAGAUAUUGAAACGUUGCAAAUAACUGAACAAAAUGUAAAUCCAGGUCAAGAAAAAUUAGGUCCUCAUGAUUUUGAACUAAGAAAUGUCCUUGGAAAAGGAGGUUAUGGUAAAGUUUUUCAGGUUAGAAAAGUUACGGGUAUGGAUAAAGGUACGAUUUUCGCUAUGAAAGUCCUUAAGAAAGCGACGAUAGUUCGAAAUCAGAAAGAUACCGCUCAUACGAAGGCUGAAAGAAACAUUUUAGAGGAAGUUAAACAUCCGUUUAUCGUAGAUUUAAAAUAUGCCUUUCAAACGGGAGGAAAAUUAUAUUUAAUAUUGGAAUAUUUAAGUGGGGGAGAAUUGUUUAUGCACUUAGAACGAGAAGGAAUUUUCUUAGAAGAAAGUGCUUGUUUCUACUUAUCUGAAAUAAUAUUGGCUAUAGAACAUUUGCACUCGCAAGGAAUUAUUUAUAGAGACUUAAAACCUGAAAAUAUUCUAUUAGACGCUCAAGGUCAUGUAAAAUUAACUGAUUUUGGAUUGUGUAAGGAACAUAUCAAGGAAGGAAUCGUUACACACACAUUUUGUGGUACAAUAGAAUAUAUGGCUCCUGAAAUUUUAACACGAACGGGACAUGGGAAAGAAGUUGAUUGGUGGUCUUUAGGCGCUUUAAUGUUUGAUAUGCUAACAGGAGCGCCACCUUUUACGGCUGAUAGUCGCAAAAAGACGAUAGAAAAAAUAUUAAAAGGAAAAUUAAAUUUACCUCCAUAUUUAACAAGUGAUGCAAAGGAUUUAGUUAGGAAAUUAUUAAAACGGCAAGUUUCAAUGAGGUUAGGUUCGCCUCCUGGAGAUGCUCAUGAUGUUAAAACGCAUCCUUUUUUUAAACACAUCAGUUGGGAUGAUGUUUUAAAACGAAAAUUAGAACCGCCGUUUAAACCGAAUGUUAGUAGUGAAGAUGAUGUCUCUCAAUUCGAUACCAAAUUUACAAAACAAACUCCAGUAGAUUCACCUGAUGAAUCAACUUUAAGUGAAAGUGCAAAUAUGAUUUUUAAGGGGUUUACCUAUGUAGCGCCAUCAAUUUUUGAAGAAUUUUAUCGAAGGCCAUCGAAAUCUUCCCGAUCUCCGAGGAAGAUGUUAGGGACACCUUUACGACAUUUUGGGUUAAAUUUGCCCGGAAAUAGUACUGCGGGUCCUAGUGAUAGUCAUUUACAUGCUCAAAUGGGUCAUUUACAUCAGUACCCACCCGGACAUCAUUCUCAAAUGGGACACAAUUCGCAAUUGGCACAUAGUUCUUACAGGUAUAACGUGCAAAAUCAUCCGUUAAGUAAUUAUACGGAAGAAAUGGAAGUUAGUAGUUCGGGCCUACCUCAUUAAAUUAAAACUUAAAAAAAUUUUUUAAAACAAAUAUUAAGAGUUUAUAUAUUUAAAAUAUGAAAAUUAGCGCAAUUUUUUAUGUUUACUUUCCGUCGCCAUCAUGUUUUUUGUUUUUAAGGUUAUGUUAGGUUUACAAAUUUAAGUUUAAAUCAUGGGUUACUAUUUUUUAUUUUAUUUUUCUUUUGUUGGUUUUUAAGUGUUACCAUGGUGUUUUGAUAAGAUUUCAAAAUGUAAAUAUAAAUAAGCUCUAAAUUUAUAAAAGGAAGUUAAUUAUUAAUUUUAUUUAAUAAAAAAAUAUUCAAUUUUUAUUUAAAAUCUAACCUCGCUCUAAAUAUGAAACAAUGAGAGUAAAACAUAUGAAUAUUCAGAUUUGAGUUGUUUUCAAUGGUUAAGAGGUGCUAAAGUCGUUGAAAAAUCAGGAAUUCUAGUUACUAAAUAAGAAAAAUGCUUGUAAAACCUUGUAAAUAGUGAGUAAUUACUGAAAAAGAGGAAAAGAUACAAAAACUGAACCCCUUAUGUACACAAUAAGGCAACUAAAUGUGUUCAAAUGUGUAUAAUAUAUAUUUAAAUGAGUAAAUAAAUAAACUUAUUUAAUGGAAGUGAAGAGAAAAAAUUAAAUAAUA